AAAGGAGAACCAAGAAAAUCGCAUGUUCAAAUUAGAACAGAUAAGAGGUAUGGAAGGGCCUGUUGCUCGUUCAUCAUUGAUUGGCACCAGCAUAUCGGUAGGCCAUUGCAAGUAAACAUGCAGUACAGUGGGGCGAAACCAUGACAGCGAUGGAUGGCUACUUCCAGCUGCUCAGAAUCCGACGACUCGCUACCACAUCCCCGAUGCGUUUCCGCCUCACGAACCGAUCCGCUGCGUCCCAGAAGCAGGGCCUGCCCGUCACCCUUUUCUCCCAGUCCUCGUCGUACGCCGUGUAUUCGAAUGUCAGCACGAAUCUAUCGCUCCGUACAAUCCGAAACUGGUCGUGCAAGAUAUGCUGAGCCACCCUAUUCGAAGAAGACUUGAAAAGCACGGCAACGCUAUGCAACUGAUCCUGCGGAUUGGAGAGAAAAUGGCUGAGAUCGGUCGCCGAAAGCGAACCGUGGAAGGCGAUCGUUUCCAGGUUUGAGAGCUGCGCGAGCCCGCGAAAGAAUCGAUGCGGGGUGAGAGUGGACGCGAGCUUGAACAUCGGGCCGCAUAUCUCCAGACGUCGCAGCCGCAUGAGGAUUGGCUGUGCCGACCAGUCAGAUCCCUCUGAUAGCCCAAAGAGCGGCUGCAGCCAGGCCGAAAGACUUUCGAGCGGCAUCGGACUGAGGAGGGGGAUCAGUGAGGGGCGACAGAGAUGUUGCGGGAUGAAGAGAUCCUGCAGAUUGACACAUUUCGCGAGGACGCGUUCCACCGUGUGCAAGUCCCAGUCUGUGUUCUCCGCGAUGAAGAGAUGGCGUGUAGCGGCGAGGAAGUGUGGCGGGCGAGAGUUCAGGACACGGAGAACAGCAUUGCUUGUGCCCUGGUGUGACGUGCAUAUGGUGGUGUACAACACAGGUUCGAUCCUGCGAAAUCGUAUGGAACAUUGUCUUCCAAUGUUAGCCAGCUGUGCGCACCAAAUGUGUGCGCGAUGACAGACCAGGAGGAGCGCGAUGAUAUUCUUGCGGCUUCCCAACAACCCAACUGCCACCUCGCGGAGUAUCCGGUAUUCGAGUUCCG